AUGCUUCCUGCUAACGUUGAUCUGCUGGUUGAUACAGGGUCGAUACAGCGCAUCCUCCGACGAUCAUCAACUCUAUCAUGUUCAAAUAGCCUGGUGCGUUCUCUUUUGAGCCCUAUAUUCAAACAAUGGAAGUUUUCGUGUACAAUAAGAAAGCAAUGCAUUGCAAGUAUAAAUGACAAACUUCUGAGGGAAGUUUGCAGGAACCAACCUUGCAAUGUAAUGGCAAUUUCGACUGAAGUUUUGCCUUGGAAUGAACUUCAGAUGCUAGGGAGAGCUGGUACCAUGCCAAAAAACAUAAGAAACAAUCCUGAUGACUGGUUAUAA